ACUGCAGGCGCUGCUCCGCGCAGGCGCGGUGGUGCCGAGGCUCUGGCACUGCGCACGGACGGCAGAACCGCGCAGCCGGUACGUUGGGCGGUGUGGGAGCGGCGGGGACUGCGCAGAAAAGACACGAAACGGGCCGGAAAAUCCGAAUCAAGAUGACGACGGCAGCCCCGCUGAUCGGCAUCACGCAGCUCUCGGUGAAUGUGACCACAAAGUCUCAAGAACUGAGUCUCUAUCAAAGUUCUGGAGCAAUAGUUGCUGCCAUCGUAGUAGGAGUAAUUAUUAUUUUUACAGUGGUUCUGCUCAUACUGAAGGCAUAUAACAGACACAUGAGAGGGAAGCGGGAGCUGGAGCCCAAAAGCAGCAAAACAGCAGUGCCUCCUUUAGGGCAGAACAGCAGCAGCGUUACUCAGCAUUCCACAGUGACUUUCAUACCUAUCCACAUGCAGAGCAGAUAACUGUGAAUGCAUCCCUCCCUUUGGAGUUCUUAUCACGUGGAGAUGGGACUGCUCUCAAAAGCGGUACUGCAUUUGGAAUGGUGAUCAGCUCUUAUUUUGUUCUCUGUAUCAUAAUUUGUCCUGCUUUCUCUCUUUGGGAGGAAAACUGGAAGAUCUGGACACUUUCCGUGUGAUGAGAAUCGAGUAGUGAAGAGAUACAAAGCAUCCGAAAUGCAAGGAGCCCUCCUUCAGAGCUUUGGGUGUGGGAAGAUCAAAGAAGCCAAGCUAUUCAUUUGGAAAAGCCACGCACACUGAUUCUGUAGAGCUUUUGCUUACUCAGAGUUUAAGCUUUUUCUAUCCUGCAAUGACUGAUGAUAAAUGGAAGGAAAAAUUGGACACGCAAGCCGCAUGCAACUCAGGUUGUGCUUUGUUAAGGUUCAUGUGGAACAGGUUUGUAGUUUGUUCUACGGCAGAUAGAGUGGGAAGUAGGAAAACCAUAUUUAUCUUUA